AUUCAAUAGCUUAAACCUGGCAACCCGAAUCAAAUUAGCACAGCCACACAUCGGCUCUUAGCGGCUAGCUACCGCUCCUGCCCGUGUUCGUUUGAAUAUUCAACAAAACAACGCGCUACACAUACAUUGUUGCUCAGAAUUAUGUCGGCAAGUGAUGACUCUGUCGACUUGACCAGAACAGGCUCCCCAGUUCAUCACAGAAAAAAACACAGCAUGGAGUCAUCGAGAUCUCCCAGACGCUCCAAACACCACCAUUCGCGGUCAAGGUCACGCUCCAGGGACCGAAAACGUGACAGAAAAUACAGACGUAGUCGCAGCAGGAGCAAAGAGGCACGAAAGAGGGACUCUGAGAAGCUGUCAAAGUCACACAGAAAAACAGAUGAGCAGCAAGAGCAAGAGAGACUUUCAGCAGAGAAUGGGGAGGAGAGAUCCAGACGCAAAGACAGGAGGUCCUCCAAAGGCCGGAGUUUGUCCAGGUCACACUCACGAGAGAGGCGGCAUCACAGUAGAAGUAGGGACAAACGGCGUUCACGGUCACGCAGCCGGGACAGGAAGAAGAAGGCUAGGUCUCGCUCAGGUUCACGGACCAAACACCGCCAUCAUAGCAGAAGUCGCAGCAAGAGCAGGGAGCGAAAGAAAAGGAGUGAGAAAGUGCGCAGAAAGAGUCGAAGCAGGUCUGUUAAUCCACCUGUCAUCCGGGGCAGAAACGCAGCUAUGGAUGCACAAGAGGCCCUGGCCAGAAGGCUGGAGAGAGCCAAGAAGCUACAGGAGCAGAAGGAAAAGGAAAUGUUUGAGAAACAACAGCAGCAGCAGCAGCAGCAACAACAGCAGGAGAUAGUUGCAGUAACUGCCCCAAUCGCAGCAGUUGCCGCUGCAGCAGCUGCUGUCUCAAACCCCGCACUCAAUGUGGCGGCACUCCUGGCCUCCGGGACGCAGGUCACGCCUCAGAUUGCCAUGGCAGCACAAAUGGCAGCCCUUCAAGCAAAAACACUGGCAGAGACUGGUAUUGCUGUGCCCAGCUACUACAAUCCAUCCGCUGUAAACCCCAUGAAGUUUGCAGAGCAGGAGAAAAAGAGGAAAAAGCUGUGGCAGGGAAAGAAGGAAGGGGACAAGUCCCAGACAGCUGAGCUGUGGGAGAGUCUAAACUUUGGAAACAAGGACCAAAAUGUUAAAUUUCGCAAACUAAUGGGUAUUAAAGGAGAGGACGAUGCAGAAGCUUCCAAACCACUCAACGAUGAUGGUCUGCAGACUCUUCAAAAACAGGAGGAGAUGUUCAGGAACCUUGACGUUCAGUAUGAGAUGGCUCGUUCUCAGACUCACACCCAGAGGGGAAUGGGCCUCGGAUUCACAUCGUCAUUCUCCCGGGGAAUGGAUUCUAUCUAGUGCCAAACCUUGACUGUCAGCACCACUCAUCCGAUCAUUUAGGACUACCAAUUCAUCGCCAGCUCUCAAGCUUGCAUGGAUGUUGCUCUGAAUCUGUAAUUUAUAUAUAGACAAACCUCUCCCUUAUUGGAACAAUAUUAUAAUGUAAAUAGCCAGAUGCUGAGUCUCAUUGAUGAGUAAUCUGUACAUCUUGGAAAGCAAGCAUCAGUUUGACUGACUGAUGUUGGUUAAAAAUUAGAUUUUUGUUUUGAAUGAUGUAAUAGCUUUGUUUUGUUUCUUUUUUUAAACUGAAAUAUAUAUUGAUAUGUGAUUGUUUGAACGUAAACUGAUUAUAAUGUGGAUACAUUGAACACUGUUUACAUCCAUUUAGCAAAAUGCAUCUGAGGUCAGUAACAUGACCAGAAACCCUUAGUUUCAUUUCUCCUGACUGAUAAAAGCCAAACAGUGGGCUGUGAAUCACAGUGUGUUGAGGACUGCCAUUGAUGUUGAACGGUCUGAGAAGAGUAAUCACAUAUUUCAAAUAUUCUUGAAAUAAAUUAGUUUUGUGUCUAA